GGAUUUAGUUUCGUAAAGCACAUUAGGCAUCUUUUUGUGCCGUCGAGCCAGGGUUUUGUAAAAUUCAGUUCAUAGAUGGGUGUUAAGUAUGCCGGGUGAGUUGCUAAAGCCUAUGGUUAGGGGAUUCAAAAGAGGACCGACAAAGAUGAACGGACUUCGGUUUUCACUGUUAUCUUAUUGGUUGGAAUUCGAAGUUAAGCGAAGUAAAUCUGUUUAGGUUGGACUCUGGGAACAUGGCGGAAAAGUUUCUGUUCCUAGUCCUCUGUCUCUGGUGCCCGGGAGUGAUUUCUUCGAGCGGGUUAGUAAGAGUAGCCUUGAAGAAGCAACCUCCAGAUCUUUUCAGUAUAAGUGCAGCUAGAGAUAAUGGCAGAGCCGGGAAAUACGUCGUAGCGCAGCAGAGUCACGCUGUUUUGGAUGAUGUUUCUUUAAAGACUUCCUUAGAUGCACAGUAUUUUGGAGAGAUCGGAAUUGGCUCGCCUCCUCAGAACUUUAGUGUCAUCUUUGACACCGGCAGUUCCAACCUUUGGAUACCUUCAUCAAACUGUUACUUCUUCUCUACUGCUUGCUUUCUACAUCCUAGAUACAACCAUAGCCAGUCCAGUACAUACAGUCCAAAUGGAAAACAUUGCAAGAUCCCGUAUGGCUCUGGAUUCAUUUGGGGGUAUCUCAGUGAAGAUGUUGUGCGAGUUGGGAAACUUCAUGUGAAGAAUCAAGUAGGGGUCUUCAUUGAAGCUGUCACUGAGUGGAGUCUUACUCUCGCGUUAGCGAAAUUCGACGGGAUUCUCGGGCUUGGCUUUCGGGAAAUAUCAGCCGCAAAUGCUUUGCCAAUCUGGUACAACAUGGUGCAACAAGGCUUAGUUAGCCAAAAGAUCUUCUCUUUCUGGCUGAAUCGAGGUUCGGUGUCUACUGAGGGCGGAGAAAUUGUUUUCGGAGGUGUCGAUCCAAAACACUUCAGAGGCAAUCACACUUAUGUUCAGGUCACACAAAGGGGUUACUGGCAGAUUCCACUUGGCGAUUUUCUCAUUGGAAACAAGUCUACAGGGGUCUGCAGUGGUGGUUGUGCUGCCGUCGUGGAUUCAGGCACAUCGUUCGUUGCUGGACCGACGGCAAUUCUAGCCGAAAUCAACAAAGCAAUCGGUGCGAAAGCACUCGUGAGCAUGGACUGCGAGCAAGUGGUGUCCGAGUAUGGGGAUCUGAUGUGGGAUCUACUGAUAUCCGGCCUGGAACCCGAGAAGGUUUGCUCAAGCAUCGGUCUGUGUUCUCAUAACAACUCGUGGCGCGGCAGUGAGAUAAUCAAAGAGGUAGUCGAAAGCAAAAGCGCCGGCGAAUCGAAAGUCAGUGAGGACUUUUUCUGCUCCUCAUGUGAGAUGGCCGCUCUGUGGAUCCAUACCAAGCUCCUACAGAACGACACAAAAGAAAGGAUAUUCAUAUACAUCAACAAGUUGUGUGAGACCUUGCCAAAUCUGAUGGGACAAGUAGCUGUCGACUGCGACAGCAUUCCGACCAUGCCGUCGGUUUCCUUCAUAAUCGGAAACAGAUCUUUCGAAUUGAAUUCCAAACAGUAUAUAAGGAGAGUCCGAGGAGGACAUUCGGCCGUCUGCGUCAGCGGGUUCGUGCCCUUAGAAGUCCCUCCUCCUCAGGGCCCCCUCUGGGUGCUCGGAGAGAUCUUCAUGGAAGCAUACCACACCGUAUUCGACUUCGGCAAUCUCCGCAUAGGAUUCGCGGAUGCAGCAUGGUACUAGCAGGCGUCGCCUCGCGCAUCGGCACUAGAUUGUGCGGAAAGAAAGUCUCUGGGGACAUCAUUGGGACUGUACGAGAUCAAGUAAUGCGUAAGCUAUUGAAGGUUUGUAGAGAGUGGCAUUUGACGGUAUUUGACUUGUGGAAAGAGUGAAAAAGGAAGGAAGAU